AUGUCUGCAUUUCUAGCUUCAGUGCUUAUCUGUGCCAUGGUGGCGGAGGGCCUUCGGGCAGGACCUUCUGCGGAAUAUGUUGCUUACCCAAGACUUCUCGAAGCAAGAGGAAUGAAUGGAACAAAGCUACUUCACAUCAAUGAGAAAAUUACUCUGCAUUUGGAGAAGAGCUCUGUACUCGCUGAAAAUCUAGUUGUAUCGACAAUUAAUGGCAACGAGCAAGUGGAUACUUUGGUAGAUGGAAGGGAAGUGGAAAAGGACAUUUACCGUGAUCAAAGUCAGAUGGCAGCGGUAUCUGUCACAGAGAUAGACGGAUCUGUGGAAGUGAGAGGGUCUUUGGGUCCCACUCUGAGGAUUUCCCCUCUGCCACUGAUGGGGCGCUCUGAAGAUGGACGCAUCGCACACAAAGUUUUCGAAAUCGAAGAUCCGGAGGAAUUCAAAACUGACUACAUUGUCCCAUCGGAAAGGAAUAUCCCGCUAAGACGACAUCCAUUCCGACCCCCAGUAAAUAUCCCCGACCUUUUCCUUGCCGAGGUGUAUUUUGUUUUCGAUGAACACCACAGCAAACACUUUCCCAAGGAAUCGAGCCUCUUAGUAUAUGCCGCACUAACUAUCGAAAUGAUAAACCUAAGAUACGAAGCUAUGACGAAUCCACGGGUUCGCUUUGUUCUGGUUGGUGUUGCUACGAUGACAGGGGUGAACGGUAUUACGGAAGAAGUAGUGGAUCGAGAUGAUUUGAGGCCAAAUACUCACAAGAAAAAAUACAUGCUCUCUCAGAAAACACUAACGAAUCUUGCGAAUGCUGUUUCCACCAAUAAGUUCAGAGCUAUUGCAGACGUCACCGUCUUGGUUACAGGGUUGGACCUUGCAGAUUAUGAAAAUGGAAAGCUUUCUAACAGCGUCUUGGGUGUUGCCUUUCUUGGAGGAAUGUGCAGCGUAAAUCUGCGAGCCGCCGAAACAGAAGACACACCUGGUACACACAGCAUGGUCUCCAUUUUAGUGCAUGAACUCGGGCACUCACUUGGAAUGGUACAUGAUGGAGAAAAGCCUCUGUAUAGCACUGAUGCAUACCGGAAUCGUGUAUGCGACGCACGUGAUGGCUACACAAUGGCACCAGUUGCACACGGCGCUCGAAAUGGAGAAUGGUCUACGUGCUCCGUGGAACACUUGCGUGGGUUCCUUAGGACUGUAGGACAGGCUUGCUUUGAUACGUUGUCAGCGAUACACUACACGAUAAACAUGACACGACUUCCGGGGGCACACAUUACAAAGCAGAAAUUGUGUGAGAGAACGUACUCAAACUUCACUGGCAUGACCGUUCAUCCCGAUUCUCUGAACGCCCCAGAAUGCAGUAUAUGGUGCUGUCCUCAUAAUUACAACUACCGAUGUCUACCAGCUCAUCUUACGGAUGGAAUGGAAUGUCAACGAGGAUUUCACUGCGUCAAACACCGAUGCGUUAGGAAGACGACGUACCAGCCACCCAGGCCAGCGCCGCCUACACGUUAUACAACCCGGUCAACGACAACCAGCACGACACGGAGGACACAGAGAACUCGUCGGCCGUAUUGGUAUAACUUGAAACAAGACAAAACAAACCCCGACUCCAAGAGAACCUAUCACUCGAGGAUGAACUCAGUACAGGGCAAGGUGGCUGAUUCGCUCGUGGAGACGGCCAGGGCUACGCUCCCGCAUUAAUUUAACUGCGCCGAAUCUCAGACAGAACCACCCCUCUCAAGGAGACACACGGAGAUUGUCAAAAUGA